AUAUAUUUUAGAUAGUGUAAAGACUGUUCUUGUUCUCUGUUGUUCAUUCAUCACUACCUACACGCCACCUGGUUACAUGACACUUUGCCGACUGGUUGAAAGAGAAAAAAAUUAUUAUUCACUCAGCAGGUUUUACAACAGCUGAAAUGCUGCGGGGACAUAAAAAAUGAAUAAUCGUAGCAACAAACCCCGGGGAGUGUGUUCCAACUUCAAGUACGUAAGAUAAAUUGUUGAAGUGGAAAUGAUUAACCAAAUAUGCAUUAGUGAGAAUAUACACAGAAAACACAGACAGUUAGACGAAAGCCAAUCACAAUUUGCAUAAAAAACGGUCCGCUCGGCAAAACCGAUUAAAUCCUGACAAGAUUUGAAAUCGACCAAUCAGAGACCGGGUAUUAACAAGAGGAAGUAAGAUAUGGUCAUAUCGCAAGGCAUUCAAAACAACUCAAAAUUGCAUUUGUCCAAUGAAAUAGUGAUUAGGAUACUUUGAAAAUGAGAAAGAAAAAAUUGCAAUGAUUUCUGACUUUGAAGGUAAAAAAGUCUUAAAUCAACUUCACAACUCAUACACGGACGACCAAUAGAGGCAGAGAUUUUAAUUCAAAUCAAACCAAUCAGAAAGCUGAUAUAAAUAUAAAUACUUAUAGCUCAACGGGGAAUCUUAUCUAUUACCUUUCGCGUGUUUGAUGACGCGAGCUCAUCUUCGGGAUAAUCGUAGCACGCGAACAAGCUGUUGAAACAGCCGGAAAUCGAAACCGCAACGUUUAAACGCAGGGAAGACUGUGGAAAGUGCUUUGUGCAACAACAGAGGGAUAAUAUUUCUUAGAGAAGAAGUGGAACUCGAAGAUAACCAGAUGGGAUUGGAGCAGCUACAAAAAUCCCUUGAUCAAAAAGCUAAAUCAGGGAAUAAUAAUGGCAAAUUGAAGAAUACCAAAAGUACGAAACCAAUGAUGGAAAGAUACCGAAGACGGAAGAUAAACAAUUACCUAGAAGAAAUCAAAUUCUUGGUCUUGUCAGCCUUAAACAAAGAGGUCAAACUUUAUACAAAGAUGGAAAAGGCUGAUAUUUUAGAUAUGGCUGUACAAUACAUCAGAGAAGUGAGAAAACAGUCCCAGGCCUCCACAACAACCCACAUACACGCGGCCGAAAGCAAUCGUUAUAAUUCCGAAGAUGACAAAAUCUCUAGUCCCAGUCCUUCUCAACCACAAAACUACAGAAGGCCGCCUUGCAAGCAUUUAGGCGAAAUCAAGAUGAAAAGUGGUUUUUCUAACGAAAUUAAAAACCGCUACAAUGAGACAACGAGCGCUCGUGAAACACAGAGAAACGAGAGCACUAGAAGUAACGUUUUGUGGAACAAUUUGUCGAGAAACCAAGGCCCAAUUGUAAACUGUAAUACUUCAAAUCUUUGGCGACCUUGGGAAAACGGCAGUACAUAAAUAUUGAAAUUUUUUAUGGGUAGACUGUAAAAAGUCAGAUGACCAAAUCACGACCAUGCAACCGGUAGAAACUGUAAAUAACAUCAAUUGUACAGACCGUAUUGAUAACCGGUGACAUUUGCUGGAUAAUUAGCGAAUAUAAGCGCACAAUUUUUUAUAUGACUCAAUCAUAUUUUAGAUUACAUGUUGUUCGGUCAAUAAAUAGAAAACAUUGUGAUUACAUCAAACUAAGAUAAGACAAAUCACAAUAGACAGCAUGACAAUGUGCAUAUAAACGCAAAGAUGUAUCGCAAUUUUCUUGUUUUUCUUUUUAAAUAAUACGGCAUUUUCACGGUAUUUUGUUUCGGUUGUAAAACUUUUUGUUAUAAUAUAAAACCACUUUAUA